AUGUGUCGGAUGCAUGUAACUUUUGGUCAAUGGGUAAUUGUCACUGUUCUACUCCUCCAACAGCUCCUCUACCUUGGACGGGAGUAUCCCAAAGGCGCUGGCUACUUUAGGGAUAGACUGAAGUCUGCAUUUUUGAAUAACAAAGAUGUGAAAGACCCAAAGAUGAUCAAACAAAUGAUAGCCCGAGGGGAGUUUGUCAUCAAGGAGUUGGAAGCACUUUACUACCUGAGGAAGUACAGAGCCAUGAAAAAGCGGUACUACGAACCUGAGGAAUGA